UUCUGAAUUCAGCUGCAGGAAGCUGCUCGAGAACUCGUCUGCAUCUAACUUGCAUGUGAGAACUGAUCUGGUGGAAAGGAAUUUAAAGCCAUCAACAUGGAAUUUGUAAUGAAACAAGCUUUAGGAGGGGCGACCAAAGACAUGGGGAAGAUGCUGGGUGGAGAGGAAGAGAAGGACCCGGAUGCCGCCAAGAAGGAAGAAGAACGGCAGGAGGCCCUGAGGCAGCAGGAGGAGGAGAGGAAAGCAAAGUACGCUAAGAUGGAGUCUGAACGGGAAAACGUGAGGCAAGGGAUUCGGGACAAGUAUGGAAUCAAGAAGAAGGAAGAAAGAGAAGCAGAGGCCCAAGCGGCACUGGAAGCCAACGCUGAAGGAAGCUUGACACGUCCAAAGAAGGCCAUCCCCCCUGGCUGUGGUGACGAGGACGAGGAGGAGGAAGAAAGCAUCCUAGACACCGUUAUCAAAUACCUGCCUGGCCCCCUCCAGGACAUGUUUAAGAAGUAAUGUGGCUACAGACUGCCAUCCUGUCCAUGGACAGUUAAGCAAUGGAUUUCUCCUUAAUAAAACAGGGGAUU